AUGACGCAAAUCUCACUACAUACAGUUAUCAUCCUUUUUUUCAUUCUGCAAAGUAAAGUAGGAACUCUGGCUUUCAAGUUUCUGCUAACUAGAUCCAUUACCCACCAAGAAAUAACACAAAAAGCUAUUUUACAAACAACAGCAGAAGUCUGUAAGACUCAGGCACUUCAACAAGGAAGAGAUUUUGUCCAGCCAAAGGUACUGACAGUUGAGUCUCUGACAGAAGCAUGCUCAUCUCCUACAUCAGCUAAAGGUUUCCAACAAGCCAUUGAUACAGUUUGUGAUAGUAAUGCCGGGAUUGAUAAGCAUCACAUGUCGGAUGCAGAAUACCACUUUGAUGAUGAGAGUUUUGAGAAGGGCCAGAACCUUAUCAAAUAUGGUGUCACAGCUGUUAAAAAUGCUGCAAAUGAGAAGAACUACGAAAUGGCAAGAGAGCGGUUGGGUGAGAUUAUGCAUACUAUACAGGAUUUCUACAGUCACAGCAACUGGAUAGAACUAGGGAAUCUUUUUCCAUACUCUAACCUGACCAGACCUGAUGGGAAAAUAGAUAAUACUGCAGGGCAUAUUCUCUCCAUGUGCCCCAUAUGCCCUCCUCGUCAGAUGAAUCAGAUGAAGCCACUCACCACUGUUAGCAGCACAAACCCAGUCAUCUCCUGGAGAUCAGGCGAAGUCCUGAAGUGGGGCAACAACUGUUUCCAGGACUGCCUGUCCAAGUUUCCUGUCCCAUCCUCUCUGCUUCCUGAACAGCUUUCUGUCUGCGCCACAUCUAUUGAAAGCCCAAUGGAGAAAUGGUCCGUGGAUAUACCCUCGUGUUACGCCCCCUUCAGUAACUUCUUCUGCCCUGAGAGAGCCUCCAAGCUGCCUCCACACCGGCCAUGGGACUGCGCCAUUGAUCUGCUUGCAGGUGCGCCAGUGCCAAAAGGAAGGAUCUAUCCCCUUUCCAUACCGGAGGAGAAGGACAUCUGUCUUCACCAAGUUGGACCUCCACAGCCAUCUGAGGGGGUCGAGUGGAUACGUGAGGGGGACGAGUGGAAGACAGCUUUCAUCAGACCCACUGGACACUAUGAAUACCUUGUGAUGCCAUAUGGCCUGGUCAACGCUCCCUCCAUAUUCCAGAAUUUCAUCCAUGAGGUGCUCCGGGAGUUCCUCCACAAAUUUGUCCUGCUCUACAUCGAUGACAUCUUAAUCUGGUCCCGGAGCUUGACCGAACAUCGUCACCAAGUUGCGGAGCCCUCAGUGCAGUUCCUUGGCUACAACAUGGACAGCAGUGGCAUACGGAUGGAUUGGGGGAAGGUGGAUGAAAUCAGGAACUGGCCAACACCCUCUACUAUCAAAGAACUCCAACGAUUCCUCGGCUUCUCCAACUUCUACCACCACUUCAUCCAAGACUACAGCUCCAUUACCAGUCCCCUUACAAGCCUCCUCCGGAAUAAGCCCAAGUCUUUGUCCUGGACCCCUGCAGCCACGGAAGCCUUCAACAACCUUAAAGAAGCCUUCACUACCGCUCCACUCCUGGUCCAUCCUGACCCCAACAGGCCCUUCAAUGUGGAAGUCAAUGCCUCCACCACACGAGUUGGAGAGGUGCUUUCCCAGCAGCAGGGGAACCCCAGGAAACUCCACCCAUGUGCCUUCUUCUCCCGUAAGCUCAAUCCAGCGGAGGCCAAUUAUGACAUCGGCAACCGCAAACUUCUGGCCAUCAAGCUAGCACUCGAGGAGUGGAGGCAUUGGCUGGAGGGAGCAAGACAUCCGCUUCAGUGGAACGGGCAGACAGAGAGGAAGAUCCAAGAGAUCGGUCACUUCCUCUGUACCUUCUGUCAUGACCACCAGAACUCUUGGAACCAGUACCUGGGAUGGGCCGAGUACACACAAAAUCCCUGCACUAGCCAUCCACCGGACUCUCCCUCCUAUUUCCACUACAGGAGGCUUCGACCGGUGGCGAUCGGCCUUAGCCUUGGUGUGCGCUCCCACCUGAUGAAGGGAACCAGACCUACUUGUAGAAACUGUGAUGAUGACUGUAGUGGCAACAUCCUGAAAGACAUCAUAGAUGAGAAAAAACUGACAUCAGGAUACUUUGGAUUGAAAAAGAAACCUGGGAAAUGUAGCCAUGGAGGUUUCUUAGACUUUUCAAGUUUAUCAGAACCUAGAGGUGGAAUCAACAAAGAUACACACUCAUCCAGCCAUGGUGACCUUCAUGAAGAUGCUGCAAGAGUGGCUAUUGCUGCGACCAGAGAGCUCCUGGAGGACAUAAGAGGUUUCCUGGGAGACUCUGACUUUUUGAGAUUGAUGGGAUUCUCUCAGAGUUCAGUUCUUUGCUUUGCUAUUGAUACCACAGGCAGCAUGGGUGAUGACAUUGAUGAAGUACGACGAGUCACUUUUGACAUCACAGACAGAAUGAGAGACACUGUGUCAGAGUACAUUCUGGUGCCAUUUAAUGACCCUGACUUUGGACCGCUAAUAAGAACAACAGAUCCUGAUGAGUUCAAAUUACAGAUUAAUGCUCUUCAACCCCAUGAUGGAGGAGACGCACCAGAGCUCUGCCUCUCAGGACUCCGGCUGGCUCUGACUGGCUCUCCUCCCCAGACUAAAAUAUUUGUUUUCACGGAUGCUGAUGCAAAGGACAAAGAGUUAAAAAGCACUGUGUUGGCAUUGAUUGAAAGCACAAAGUCUGUAGUGAACUUCAUGCUGACUAAUGGUUUUGCUGCUCGUCGGAGAAGAAGUGUGGAUCUGAAUCAAGGACAGUAUCAGAAUUACUCCACCAGGAUCUCCAAUCCCUUAAAUCAGGUUUAUGAGGAUUUAGCGCUGGCCUCUGGAGGGCAGGCGAUUGAAGUUACCAAAGCAACACUUCCUCACGCCACCAGAAUAAUAGUGGAUGCCUCCACAUCUUCUCUAGUAACUGUUUUCCAAGCCGUGAGGAACCCAGGAAAAGAAGAAUCCUUCUCUUUCAUUGUGGACGAUUCACUGCAAAAUAUGACCAUCUACAUUACAGGCACUUCUCUAGUGUUCACCAUCACAAGCCCGUCAGGUGAUUCUCAGACCAAUGAAGAAUUAAAUGGAACACUAGGGUUGGUUGAGCAUGUUGGCAACUUUUACACAGUGCGUCUGUCUAUACUUGAUCAAGUAGGCCUUUGGAACAUCAACAUUGCCUCUUUACAGCCCUACACCAUCAAAGUGCUUGGCCAAAGUGACAUUGACUUCCUCUUCAACUUCGUGGAGCUAAGUGAAGGUGCUCAUUCAGGCUACAGUGUAUUGAGUGGCAGACUCCCAGAAAACCGUAAUGUUACACUGUUGCUCACCAUCAUGGGUGGGGACACUGUUAGCCCAACAGAGGUGGCUCUUGUGAAAUCAUCAGAUUCCCAGAGUAUUAAUGGAACUCUAGAAAAGCUUGCAGAGGGGAAAUUCUUAGUAACAAUGAACAGUGUCCCAGCAGGAGAAUUUGUUGUCCGUGUGAUAGGGGAGAGGAGUUCUUCACGUUCAUCAAAUGGUCGCUUUCAGAGGCAGUCCAUCACUCAACAAAGAGCUUCAAGUCUGGUUAUUACUGCUUGGACAGAUGAGGUGUGGGAGCCUGGGAAGACCCUGAGCAUCCCUUUCACAGUGGUGAACAAUAGCUCUGAUGUACUCUUGAAUAUUAAUGCCAGGAAUGACCGUGGAUUUUCCACAGUAUUUCCCAGCAGCUUGUACGUUGGAAGUGGGAAUAGUGGAAAUAGCGCAGUAAAUAUCACUGCACCCCCACAAACUCCUUCAGGCACUCAAGUGACUCUCACCAUUGAGGCAGAAACAUCAGGAAAGAGUGAUUUCAACUAUGCUGUUCUUAAGCUUACAGUUGUUUCUCCGAUUACAGACUUCACUUCUCCAGUCUGUGAGAUCGUUAGCGUAAAUGCUAACUGCUCAGGCAACUGUAGCCUGUCAUCGUGGGAGCUCUCAGCCAACCUCACGGAUGGAAAUGGGACAGGUAUCAUGUCCCUGGUUCUGCGCCAGGGCCUUGGAUACCUCAACACUACAACUGUAAUCGGAGGAGAAGGUGUAAACGUCACUCUAGCGUCAUACAGUGCCUCUUGUUGUUCUGAAGUCAUGGAACUGGUUGCUGUAGAUGGAGCUGGCAAUGUUGGCACAUGCUUAAAGUCAAUAACAUCUGCUGUUACCACCACAUCCAACAGCUUCAUGUCUACCACUUCUACAACAAACAGCCAGACUACAACAACAGCUACAACUACAGCUACGACAAAAAUAACGAUGACUUCCACUCCCUCCACUAAUGCCACACCCGACAGUGAUGGAUGCCCUUCUGAUCCACCUAGCAGUUUUUGGCUUAGUCUGGGAGCCUUUCUGCUUUUCCAUGUGUUAUGCUUCUAACCUUUUUAUACUACAUGCCUUCACACUUUGAUUCUAUCAAUCCUGACAAGCAUUUUUUAAUUGAUCAACACUGACUC